AGUUGAGAGUUGAGACUAUGUUCACACUUCACACUCCAAUAGCCACAGCAACACAACAUGCCUCUCCCAGUCUUUUAUCUAUUCCAUCUAAACCUCCUUUAAUCAUUCCCAGACAUCCAUAAAUCCUCUCCAAACUUCCAAUCACUUCCCAAACAUCUACAAUGGCUAGAAUUCGUGAAGACGGAUCUCAAUCCAAAGACAAGAGACCCAUAAUAUUGGUGGAUCAAAAAAAUGAUAAACGGUCUAAGCAAAGGAAUGAUGUUUCUCCUGAUGACGAACCCUUUCUCUUCGUGAAUUCCGACUACGAGAAGCGGUACACGACGGACUUCAUGCUCCGAACACUCAUCUGUGGAUAUUUAUAUUUGUUUGACUCGAGUGAUUCAAGAUCAAUGACAGAGUUGAUUCAAGCCAUACGAUGAUGGAUCCAAAGCUUAAAGAUUGAAGAUCGAGACUUGGCUAGUUUAGUCAUUGGUACUGGCGGGUGGUAAGGUUGAUGGAGCGGAGCUGAUUUGGGUGGGCAUGUGAUGGGUCUCGGCGCCGAUGAGCCGAUUGACGGCUGAUUCAUCGGACGGUGGAGAUUGAGGAGAGAGAGGCGGAGAAUCAGGCGGAGUAAAAUGGCAAGCCACAUUCUGCUAUUAACUUUGGUGGCAAUCACUUGCACUCUUUCAUUGGCUUUUGAGCCUAGCCCUUUGCAGGAUUUCUGUGUUGCAGAUUCUUCUAGUUCAGCUAGAGUUAAUGGCCUUGCCUGCUUGGACUCUAAGCUUGUCCAAGCUAGUCAUUUCUCCUUCAGUGGCCUCCAUAUUGCUGGCAACACCUCGAACCCCCUUGGCUCUAGGGUGACACCCGUUACAGUGGCACAAUUACCUGGCCUGAACACCCUUGGCAUCGCUUUGGCACGCUUAGACUAUGCACCAUGGGGUCUUAUUCCUCCUCACAUGCACCCUCGUGCCACUGAGGUACUGACAGUUUUAGAAGGCAGCCUUGAGGUUGGCUUUGUGACCUCCAACCCAGAAAACCGGUUUAUCUCAAAAGUCCUUCAAAUGGGUGAUGUGUUUGUCUUCCCACUAGGACUUCCUCACUUCCAAAAAAAUGUUGGUCACGGAACUGCUGUUUCGCUCUCUGCUUUGAGCAGCCAGAACCCUGGUGUCAUCACUGUCGCCAAUGCCGUGUUUGGAUCAAAUCCAUCUAUAUCUGAUGAUGUUCUAGCAAAGGCUUUCCAGGUGGACAAGAACGUCAUUGAUCACCUUCAAUCACAAUUCUAGAUGAUCAUUAACUUCACGAAGAAUCCAUGUGUUUUUGUGUGGCUUUUGUAAUUCAUUUUUUGUUGUUAAUAUCCUCAAUUCUGUAUUGAAAUCUGUAAUGUUGGACUGCAAAAUUUACAAUAAUUUCAUCGUUUCUGUUGGGUAA